UGUGUAAUGCUAACUCUCGCCAGUAGAUGGCGAUAUAAAAACAGCGCAUCGCAAUCAGGUCCCAUGACUCAAAAGAAAGUGGGAGGUGAAGAUUCACCCACUCCCGGACUCUUCAUAUUCCGGCCGCAGGAGCGCAUGGAUCGGUCUCACUCACUCCUGCCGACUCUAGUUAUCUUGGAUGCAGCACAGUCUGAUACGGGAGGCUAGAAGUGGCGGAUCCUUCACUCCGAACCCCGCGCACAGUCAGCAGCAGCGGCAAGUUCACGCGCGACGGCUUCAGUCGGGCGGUCCGAGCGGUGCAGCGACGGUAGCUGUUGAUUCACGUCCCGCUGGGAGAUGGAGCGGUGGAAAGGCAGAGUGGCCCUUGUGACCGGAGCCUCGGUGGGAAUUGGAGCGGCUGUUGCCCGAGCGCUGGUCCAGCAGGGGAUGAAGGUUGUCGGCUGUGCCAGGAAUGUGGACAAAAUAGAGAAACUGUCAGCAGAGUGUCAGAGUGCAGGCUACAGCGGCACAUUGAUCCCCUACAAGUGCGACCUUUCCAACGAGGAGGAGAUCCUGUCCAUGUUCUCGGCGAUCAAGACGCUGCACAAGGGCGUGGACGUGUGCAUAAACAAUGCUGGGCUGGCGCACAAUGAACCCCUGCUCAGCGGGAAGACAGAGGGCUGGAGGAACAUGAUUGAUGUAAAUGUCUUAGCCUUGUGUAUCUGCACCCGUGAAGCCUACAAGUCAAUGAAGGAGAGAAGCGUUGACGACGGCCACAUCAUUAACGUUAACAGUAUGGGAGGGCAUCGAGUUGUGCCGAGUGCUGACGAGCAUUUCUACUGUGCCACUAAAUACGCUGUGACCGCUCUGACCGAAGGAAUCCGACAAGAACUUCGAGAAGCAAACACUCACGUCAGAGCGACAUGUAUUUCUCCUGGAGUAGUAGAGACAGAGUUCGCCUUCCGGCAUCACAACAGUGAUCCAGAGAAAGCAGCUGGAGUCUACGAGAGCAUGAAAUGUUUAAAAGCAGAGGACAUCGCGAGUGCGGUCAUAUUUGUCCUCAGUGCACCUUCCCACGUUCAGAUCGGAGACGUGCAGAUGAGGCCGGUAGAGCAGGUAUCAUAGCAGUGACUAUGAAGCUGGCAGACAGCAGCCGCGGCGACUUCUUGGCGACCUCUGCUGGACGAGCGAGCUCGGAGGAAGGGAGUUCGAUACACAUCGACCACAGGUGGUUCUGCAGGGCCAAGUGCAGCUGAAGCCUUAAAGCGGCCGUUCAAGGAAACGAUAACUCUCUAAAUCACUACUGAAAUACUACUGAAAGCAGCAGCCCUCUCCAGCGCUGAGCUGAGCCACUCUGACGUAGGAACAAACAGGGAGAGCUGCUGCUGUGCUGCGUCCUCCUCUGCACAGCCGUCGCCUCAGAGGGAAAAGAUGUCAAUGAUUGCACAUUAUGUUUUGUUUUUGUAGGUCAUACAACAUAUCUUUUUGAAUUGUAAUUAAAAGAAUAAUUCCUGUUUAUAAGAACUGUUCCUUUUUUAUGAUAUAUUUUGGAUUCUACCAACUCUUAGUUGUGGUUUCUUAUUGACUAAUCUUAGUCGAUACCAUCAUACCCAUUGUAACCAUAACAACCCUGCCUUUUCAUUCACUAUAAUUUCACAGAAACAGUCAUACCUUCUUAUUUUUGAUUAGGAGUAAAGCGCAGGUUUCUCCUGUCAGCCUUUUUGCCCCAUCUAAUAUUAGCUUUCUGCACUUUGAAUUCAUUUGUGAGGGGAAGGAAAACUGCAGGUGAGGAGACUAACUGCACACGUGUACCUGAAACAUAACCCCUGUUUAAAAUUUCUCAAUUAAUAAAUAAAUGGUUUCCCAGAUGCUUCAAA